GCAGUAAUGUCGCUUCCCCACCUACGGCUACGUAGCCUACUGUCUACCGACCACAACUGAGUGCACACAGACAGACACUCACCCGCCCACCCACUCAGACUCACCCAUUUAGGCAGCUCGGUCUCUGGCCGCUGAAGCAGCACCACACCAACACGCGGACCGGCAAAAGGCCGCCGCCGCCAACACAAAGCUCUAAAACGCAGCCAGUGUGUCCCCUCCCCUGCCCUCCCCCAAUGUCCCCCCCUCUAGUGGCUACAUGGCUAUGUGGCUGGUGCAGUCAUCUUGUUGCCCAUGUCGUAUGCCAUCCUCCUCCCCAGCUGUGUGAGCUGGACGCCCUCGUUGCAGAAGUGGCAGGCGAAGAGCAGCCAGUUGCGGGGCUGCACCAUGUAGGCGAACCGCAUGAACAGCAUCGAGUACACGCACAGCACACCCGUCAUACGAGCGCCUGCAAGAAGGUCAGUCAGUCAUCACACCACAGGGCGCACGCAGGUGACAGCGGGGGAGGCGGAAACUGGUGUGUGUGUGUCUGCUUACUGAUCACUUCUGGCGAUUUGGUCAUGUCAUUGAGCCCCUGCGUCAACACACAGAGAGGUGACAAUGCAGAGAUCUGUCGGCCCUCGGCACAGCCCGUACCGCGAUAACAAAUCCCCAGUUGGCGAUGGGACCCCAAAAAUGUGUGGUCAUGCCUGACACACACGGGCAUCCAUCAGAUCUCAUCAAGAUCCCUCCCCGCGAGCGGUUCUGUUUCGCCGUCCUCACUUACCAUAUGUUUUGAAGUAUUGUAUGAAGUUGUUGAGCUGCGUCUUCACCGCGUUGCUGCCCGACAUGCUCGGAGGAAAGAAGGCUCUGCC